AUGGUAGAAGACUUUCUUGAGGUCUUUAUGGAUGAUUUCUUUGUGGUUGGUGAUUCUUUUGAUGACUAUCUUGACCAUCUGGGUCGAGUGCUUAAACACUGUGAGAAGACUAAUCUGGCUAAGUUCGAGUUUGACGAGAAGUGCCGCAAGGCAUUCGAUGAAUUGAAGGAGCAUUUGACCACUGCUCCUAUUAUUGUUUCUCCUAAUUGGUCUCUGUCAUUUGAGUUGAUGUGCAAUGCGAGCGGUUUUGCCAUUAGUGUUGUGCUUGGCAAGAGACAUAAUAAAAUCAUGCACUCUAUAUACUAUGCUAGUAAAACAUUGAAUGUGGCUCAUAUGAAUUACACAGUGACUGAGCAAGAGUUGCUUGAUAUAGUCUUUACUUUUGAGAAAUUCCGGUCCUAUCUGUUGGGGUCUAAAAUUGUGGCUUACACUGAUCAUGUUAUAGGUGUUUCUGUACAAGAGUUCGAUUUCGAGGUGAAAGACCGCAAGGGAACUGAAAAUCAGGUUGUUGACCAUCUCUCUCGACUUGAAGAAGCUGGGAGACCUUCAGAUGAGCUAGAUAUUGAUGAUGCUUUUCCGGAUGAGCAGGUUUUAGCAGUAAUAGCUGAGGUAGCACCAUGGUAUGCAGACAUCGCCAACUUUUUGGUGACGAGCAUUACUCCUGAUGAUAUAAAGUCAUACCAUAAGAAGAAGUUUUUGCGGGAUUGUCGUAUGUAUUACUGGGACGAGCCAUACUUGUUUAGAACAUGCGCUGAUAACAUCAUUCGACAUUGUUUUCCCGAGUGUGAGUGUCAAAGACAAGGGAGUAUUGGUAGGAGGCAAGAGAUGCCUAUGAACUUUGUGAUGGAAGUGGAAGUCUUCGAUGUUUGGGGGAUUGAUUUCAUGGGGCCCUUUGUGAGCUCUUGUGGCAUGAAGUACAUCUUGGUUGCUGUGGAUUAUAUGUCUAAAUGGGUGGAAGAGGUGGCUUUACCAAAUAAUGAAGCCAAGAGCGUCAUGGGCCUGGUUUUUGGAAAGGCAUGCCAUUUGCCAGUCGAGCUUGAGCAUAAGGCCAUGUGGGCCUUGAAGAGGUUGAAUAUGGAUUGGGAAGAGGCUUAUGAGAGUGCAACCUUAUAUAAGGAGAGGAUGAAACAUUAUCAUGACAAAAAGAUCCUCAAGCGAGAGUUUUACCAGGGUGAUUCUAUCUUGCUAUAUAAUUCCAAACUGAAGCUGCUACCAGGCAAGUUGAAAUCAAAUUGGUCCGGACCGUUUGAGGUGGUAAGUGUUUCGCCCAAUAGGCUAAUUGAAUUGAAGUCCAGGGAUGGAACUCAGAUAUUUAAAAUGAAUGGCCAAAGGGUGAAGCAAGAUCAUGAGAUGAUUGAUGGGGACUGA